UCUCUCUUCUUCUAGUCAUGGGGAGAGAGAAAGAAUUUUGCAAGUCAUGGAGCGACAUGAAGAAACACCUAAACGACACCGUUUCUAAGAGUGUUCCCGGUCGUUUCUUCAAGCUAGAAGCAAGAAAAACAACUUUUACAACCGAACUCCGAGCAGCAACCGCCACAUUUCUCACCAUGGCUUACAUCAUCACCGUCAACGCCACCAUCCUAACUGACUCUGGCGCCACGUGCUCCUUCCACGAUUGCUCCUCCGUGGCCGGUUCUUCACCACCUAAACCGGACUGCGUCCUUGGCUCUAACCAAGGCUACGAAGAAUGUCUUACCAGGGUCAAAAAGGACCUCGUUGUGGCUACUUCUUUAUCAGCCAUGGUGGGUUCAUUAGCGAUGGGUUUCUUAGCUAAUCUCCCUUUUGGACUUGCUCCAGGAAUGGGCGCAAACGCUUACAUCGCAUACAAUGUUGUCGGCUUUCGCGGUUCUGGUUCCAUCUCUUACCAUACCGCUAUGGCCAUCGUGCUACUCGAGGGAUGCACGUUUCUUGCAGUAUCCGCUUUUGGACUCCGCGGGAAACUGGCCCGUCUCAUCCCUCAAACGGUGAGACUUGCUUGCGCGGUUGGUAUCGGAAUGUUCAUCGCCUUUGUUGGUUUGCAGAUGAACCAGGGCGUUGGGCUUGUGGGACCGGAUAAGUCAACUCUGGUAACGUUGACCGCUUGUUCCGAGAUCGAUCCCCUCACCGGAGCUUGCCUCGGAGGGAAAAUGAAGAGUCCUACGUUUUGGCUAGCGGUGGUUGGGUUUCUAAUAACGAGCUACGGUUUAAUGAAGAAUGUUAAAGGGAGUAUGAUUUACGGAAUCGUGUUCGUUACCGUUGUUUCUUGGUUUAGAAACACUCAAGUUACAACCUUUCCUCACACUCCUCUCGGAGACUCAAACUACAACUACUUCACAAAAGUCGUUGACUUUCACAAGAUCCAGUCAACGUUAGGAGCUAUAAGCUUUACGGAGUUUAGAAGGAGCGAGGUUUGGGUUGCGUUUGCUACUCUCUUCUACGUUGACCUCCUUGGCACGACUGGAGUUCUCUACACGAUGGCCGAGAUCGGAGGCUUUGUGGAGGAGGACGGGACAUUCGAAGGAGAGUACACGGCAUAUUUAGUCGACGCUGGCUCCUCGGCGGUGGGGUCCGCCUUAGGAGUUACAACGACGGCGACUUUCGUGGAGUCAUCGGCGGGAUUGAAAGAAGGAGGGAAGACGGGGCUAACGGCCGUUAUCAUCGGAGUGUAUUUCUUGGCGUCGAUGUUUUUGACGCCGUUAGUGACUAACGUGCCUAGAUGGGCGGUGGGGCCCUCAUUAGUGAUGGUUGGUGUGAUGAUGAUGGGAGUUGUGAAAGAUAUUAGAUGGGGAGAAACUAAAGAAGCGGUAACGGCGUUUGUAACGAUAUUGCUUAUGCCGUUGACUUAUUCCAUUGCUAAUGGGAUUAUUGCUGGUAUUGGUGUAUACUUUGCUCUAAGCAUGUAUGACGUCGUUUUGGGAUUCGCCACGUGGUUAAACGGGGUUAAACGGGUGAUGAAAGAGCAUAAUCAAGUUUCCUCCGACGCUUCCGUCGAGAUCGUAUGAAUUGUUGUUGACGGUAUUUGACGUUGUCACUGAACCGGUUUAGUGGUGUGAGUGUACCGGAAGUGGUGGAAAGUUUCACAUGGCCGGUCGCUGGAUGGCCAUGCGAAGACCCGUCAUGUAUGCUUUGGUGGGUUUUGUUUAUGUUUCUUUGUUUAUUUUUUUUUCUUUGGUUUUGUUAUUUGGGUUUAAUUAGUUUUGCGUAGGAGAGAAUAGUGAAGUAACGUUGGAUGCAUUAGCUGCCAUGAAAAGUGUGUUGCGAUAAUUCAUGGCUGCUUGUGCAUGCAUUGUUC